CUCCUACUCCUUUAUCCCCUCCCUCUGUGGCUCAGUUCUGCAGUAAACGGGGCUAAGGCACAUUCCUGCUUUGCAAGGCUUUCUGUUAAGGAUGUUCUGCGGCUUUUGUUUGGAUCGCAGCAUGCAGAAUUACAGCUGUUCAGAGGAGACUCAUUACAACUCCUGCUGAAGUCCUAGUCUUCCUCCCUUCUCUUCUGCCCCUACCCCCUACCCUCAUUGGCCUGAAGACAUUGUAACCAGAGUUUGCCUUACUCCCCCGGUGCUAUGUGUAUGGUAAACCUGGUACUAUGGCCGCAUCUGGGACUGGCCAGACAACUGCUGCUGGUUCUCCCUAUUCCAAGGAGGAUUUAAAAGGGAAUUGCACUGCAGGCAAUGCAUCAGAGCAGCAGCAUCGGGAGCUUGGGGACUAAGGCUCCUCGGGCAUUAUUACAGACACACAGAGCUGGCCGCAAUGACAGCAGCUGCUCCAUUGAACUGUUGGCAGCAGCCAGGCGGCAGCAUGAAGUGAGAGAUCACUCCUGAGCUCAAGAUGAACUCUACCUUGGAUGGUAAUCAGAGCAGCCACCCUUUUUGCCUCUUGGCAUUUGGCUAUUUGGAAACUGUCAAUUUUUGCCUUUUGGAAGUAUUAAUUAUUGUCUUUCUAACUGUAUUGAUUAUUUCUGGCAACAUCAUUGUGAUUUUUGUAUUUCACUGUGCACCUUUGUUGAACCACCAUACUACAAGUUAUUUUAUCCAGACUAUGGCGUAUGCUGACCUCUUGGUUGGAAUAAGCUGCCUGAUCCCUUCUUUAUCACUCCUCCACUAUCCCCUUCCAGUGGAGGAGUCCUUGGCUUGCCAGGUAUUUGGUUUUGUAGUAUCAGUUCUGAAGAGUGUCUCCAUGGCCUCUCUGGCUUGUAUCAGCAUCGAUAGGUAUAUUGCCAUCACUAAACCUUUGACCUAUAAUACACUGGUUACACCCUGGAGACUACGCCUGUGCAUUUUCCUGAUUUGGCUAUACUCUACCCUGGUCUUCCUGCCUUCCUUUUUCCACUGGGGCAAACCUGGAUAUCAUGGAGAUGUGUUUCAGUGGUGUGCGGAGUCCUGGUAUACCAGCCCCUACUUCACCCUGUUCAUCGUGAUGAUGUUAUAUGCCCCAGCAGCCCUCAUUGUGUGCUUCACCUAUUUCAACAUCUUCCGCAUCUGCCAACAGCACACAAAGGAAAUCAGCGAAAGGCAAGCCCGCUUCAGCAGCCAGAGUGGGGAGACUGGGGAGGUUCAGGCCUGUCCUGAUAAGCGCUAUGCCAUGGUCCUGUUCCGAAUCACUAGUGUAUUUUACAUCCUCUGGUUGCCAUACAUCAUCUACUUCUUAUUGGAGAGCUCCACUGGCCACAGCAACCGCUUCGCAUCCUUCUUGACCACCUGGCUUGCUAUUAGUAACAGUUUCUGCAACUGUGUCAUUUAUAGUCUUUCCAACAGCGUAUUCCAAAGGGGACUAAAGCGCCUCUCCGGGGCCAUGUGUGCUUCUUGUGCAAGUCAGAUGAUAGCUAAGGACCCUUACACAGUUAGGAGCAAAGGCCCCCUUAAUGGAUGCCAUGUCUGAAGUGGUUCAGAUACUGGGUCACCGUGUGUCUUGUAUGUGUGUGUGUGUCCUUCUUAUCUCUUUGUAUUCUGGUUCACUGGGAAAUGUGGGACAAAAUAAUUUGACUCUAAGCAUUAGCAAACAAAUGAUCCAUCCAAAAUACCUUGGAUUUUGCAGAAAUGAUUUUUUUUAAUGCUUUUUAAUUCAGGACCAUGAAGAUAAAUUUAUCUUGGUUCCAGUUUUUAGAAUGUCAUGGAAAUGACUGUAUUUCUUAGACUUAAAAUGAAUAAAGCCAUAUCUAACACCUCUCUCCAGCUGGCAUGACUGAACCUGGGUGUGAAAAGCGUCAGCAUUUUUAAAAGUCAUCGUUUUCUUGUCGCUUUUCUGGGUUCUUUCCAGCUGUUUGGGCUUCAUGUAUAAUUUAUUUCUUUUAACAGGGAAGAUUAAAAUACAGUGAUGAAUUAAUAGCAUUUAAAAAAAUUUUUAAUGUAUGUCAAAGUAUUGCUACACUGAAGGUUUCACACUGUCAUUCAGAAAGCCAAAUGUUUUAUGUCUUAACUCUCUGGAGAGAACGCUCAAUACAGUGAGUAACGUAAAAACUUAAACAUUGAUUUAAAAUUUUUGCAUUGAACCAUGAAGCAGAAGGGCAGUCAAAUUAUACAGUUUAUUAAAAACUAAGCUGUUUUUUGUGCCAUGCUUCACUGAGAUCUAAAGAAGUGUGUGUAUUGAAAGUGACUGUGUUGUAUUUUUGCCCAUGCCUUUUGUGUAUGUGUGUUUUGAGAAUAUUUGAAUUGAAUUAGAUUUCUCUUUCAGAGCAAAAAAAGUGUUUUAAUAAGCUGAAAAAUAAUUAAAUGAUAGGCUGACUGUCAUUUGUAUAAUGAUGAAAAUAUAUUAAAAUGUGUCUUUAGUCUUCUGUGCUCUUUUUAGCCAGAGACUGUUAAACAUUAAGGUAUCAGGAAGAAAGUUGUCCUAAGCAAUGAACUCAGAAAAUAUAUUGUACAUUUAGCUAGUUCAUUUUUAAAACAGAAGGGGGUUGAUUGAGAUGUUCUCUUUGUGGUUAAAUGGAAUCAGCUAAUAUAAAGUAAAAACCAAUUCUUUUUAAAAGCAUUCUUUUAGCUAGUGUUAAGAAAUCCAUAUAUGAAUGAGAGAAGGAGAGAUUCUGAUUAAGUCUCUUUUGUUUGUUCUGGAAAAAAAAAAAUCCUUGGCAUACAAUUCCUUUCCUAAAUAGGCUUUUUGUUUUGUUUUGUUUUUUGUAAGCCAAAGUACUAGCAAAGUCUGUGGAAUUAUUGAGAGGACUAUGUAUUUGUAUGUAGUAGUGAUGUUUUGUUCCCAAAAGUGAUUAUAUUUAGGGCAAGAGGUUUAUUUUUCUAAAAGGAGAGAAGGAUUUCCCAGCAGCUCCAGGCAUGAGAGUAUUUUCUCUACUUUUCUACUGGUUUUAAUGUUUUACAGGACUUUAGGGGACUUAUGUGAUCUCUGCCUCUGGCUAAAUGUUAAUCUGAAUGUGACAGUGGUGUUCAGUGAGAUGGAAGAUGGAAGAAAACCAAGGGAAAUGGGUUAAAGUGGAUUUUUGAGUCCAAGAAAGGACAUGGAUAUUUAUAAAACAGGCAGAUAUGCUUUGGUUUUCCAUCAUGAUAUGAGAAAACUUCCUACCCUCUUUUAAAAUAAAGGACAGCAUUCUUAGGAUUUUAGGUUUUAGAUAUUGAUUUGAUUUUUAACUUUAAAUGUAUGCUACUUAAAUGUUUUUAUUUUAAAAGAAUAAGUAUUAAUAAAAACAUUUAAACUUCAGAUUCUGAACUCUUCCCAAAAGCUUGCUUGCUCUUUAUAUUUAGUAUUGGAAAAUUUGAUUCUAAGUUGUUUCAAAAUUUAAAACUCAUAUUGAAAUUGCAAGUUAUGUUAGUGGCUUUGUCAAGUUGCCAUUUAAAGUGGAAAACCUUUUAGAUUCUGAAAAAUAGUUAUACACAGUUCCCCUUUAAGUGGCACAGACCUAAAAAAACCCAAAUUUCUCUUUUUAUAUAUGUAUCAGAUAAUGUAACUUGUUCAGAUUUCAACAAUUUGCUUGUAAAUAUUUGAUUCAGCAGAAUUAAUCAUGAAGAUUAAUUUUUAUAGAACUGUUGUUAAAUCAGAUUUAAAAGUUUUAGAUCAGUUUUACUUUUGGGGGGACUGAGCCCUUUUAAUUUUUUCCCAUAGUAGGAUUCUGUCUUGUGAGAAAACAAAAGUUUUGGAAAAGAUUUUAUGGAAAUGAGAACAUAUCUGUUUCAUUUUCUGGAAAUGGCUAAUCAAGCUGACUUUUUCUUUUUCUUUUUCGGCUGCCCUAUGGCAUAUGGCAUUCCCAGGCCAGGGAUCAAAUCCGAGCCACAGUUGCGACCUAAGCCGCAGCUGUGGCAACACUGGAUCCUUAACCCACUGUGUCCCAGUGCUCUAGAGAUGCCACCAAUCCCAUUGGGCCACAGCAGGAACUCCAAGCUGAUUUUUUAAUGACUGAAAGGACAACGCUCUUUAAUUAGAGCUUUUGUUAAUAGACUUUUCUUUUUUUGCCCUAGUACCAAAUUUAGGUAUUGUUAGAGGUUUGGUGUUUUGGUUGUUUUUGUUUUUCACAUUAGAACCCUUAUCAAUGUCUCAGCCUAAAACUAAAGUAGAUACUAAGUGAGGAUAAUAAGUUUAUAAAGAAAAAUAAAGCGCCUGUGUCCAACUGAUACUUCCUUAAUAUCAGAUGUUUUUCCAGUUUAUCUUGUCUUUAUUGGACUUUACAAACUCUAAGGUUCCUUCCAGGUAUCAAUUCUGUUUUCACAUUCAUUGUCUAUACUGCUUGUAAAUUUUGUUUUCCUGUGGUAUGUGUGUGCUGGGGGAGAAGGGAUAUGUCUGGAUGCAGCCAUACAGUCUGCUGUGGCUGGGGGCAGUUCUGUGAGAUACAUUUGGAGGGUUUGUAUUUAAGUAACCUUCUCAUCCUGGCAUAUUUAGUGCAACAUUUGAUGACGUUUUGUUUAAAUACCAAACUGACUAGUUCAGAAAGAGAAAAUAAGUGUAUUUUUAGAGUCAAUUACUUUGAGCUUUCGCAAUGCAGGCCAUUUAACUUUAUAUGGUAUAUGAUGGAUAAGAGGAAGUAUAAGCACUGGGUGGUUGUGUUGAAAUAAUUUUGUAGUAAAUUUUAAAAUAAGGCUAUGUUAAUUGUUAUAUUUGUAAUUAGUUAUGUGUUUUUAUAUGAUGACUUCAGUGAAGGUGUGUUUUUUCCCUCUUAGAGUGGGAAAAACAAUUACAAACGGACAAGUCCUCCACUUUAAUGAAAGAAUUUUCUUAUACCAGAAUGGGUAUUUGAAUUUUUCAUGGAUUUGUUGGCUCUUACCUAAAUUCCAUUUUGGAAAGGGUGUUCUCUAAGGUUUAUUGACGGAUAAGAUCCUUUUUGAGCCAUUUAUAACGGCUACUCCUUUUUACUUGAAUAAUGGUCUCAGUAUUUUAAGGAUUGGGAAAACUUGAAUUUUUGUACUGUUAAAUGCAUUACUGUUCACCUCCUUGAACUUGAAAACGAAAACAGGAUUAUAGGUUCCCAGAUGGUAGAGUGAUUUCUGGGAGUUUCCUCAGCUUUUCGGGUAUGAUUGAAACAUCCGCUUUUAUUGCCUUUGUAGGAAUUUUACUAUGUGGUUUUGUAUCAUAAAAGAUUUGUGAAAUAAAUUAUUGGCAAACAGAAUUUAUUGUUAUACAAGCAGAUUUGGGGAAGUUUAAGGAUGGGGAAAAAUCAUGGGACUAUGAGAUUUUUUUUUAAGUCUUUAAGUCAUUCUAUGUGUUAAUUUUUGCAUAAUUUUCCAUUUCAGGUUGAUAAAAAGCUAAAGACUAUAUUAAAUGUACAUAUUAUUAUUAAUAUAUUUUGCAGACUCAAGGAAUAUUCUAGACAUUUCUUAUGACUGUAAAUGAGUCAUUUGACUUUUUUUCAAAAUUUGGAUGUCAAGGGCAUCACAAUAUGAUUAAAAUGAACUAUGUACCGAGAAUCGAAAAAUCUAGGUUUCUGUUAUUAAUUAGCUCAUUUUAUAAGGGCAGGUUCUUUCUCUAUGCAUAUAAUUUCUUUUAAAAGAGGAGAUAAUAAUCCUUUCAUCCUUCACAGGGUUACUUUGAGGAUUGAAUUAGAUAACAGACGUAAAAGUACUUUGUAAUAUGUAAAGUGCUUUGCAAAUAAAAAUGGGUACUAUUAUUUCUAUCUGCCAUAGUUUUACAUCUAAAGAAAGUUGUACGUAAUGACGUGGUGGUCCCUCACAUUAAGGUCUUCGAAGUUCAGCACAAGGUAUCUUAGCAGUCUCAAAUUCUGCAAUGACAGUAACUUUAAAUUCAACAUAAAACUGUUUCAUUUCCUCCCUUUGAUUCCAAAGUCCCUGAAGGGAGGGACAUUGUCCUUCAUUCCUUUAUCUCCCAAAUCUGCUGCUGCUUUUUUUUUUUUUUGCUUUUUAGGGCCCCACCACGGCAUAUGGAGGUUCCUGGGCUAGGGGUCAAAUCAGAGCUACAGCUGUCGGCCUACACCACAGCCACAGUAACACCAAGAUCCAAGGUGUAUCUGCAACCUACACCACAGCUCAUGGCAAUGCCAGAUCCUUAACCCACUGAUCGAGGUCAGGGAUCAAACCCACAACCUCACGGUUCCUAGUCGGAUUCAUUUCCACCGUGCCACGACAGGAACUCCCAAAUCUGCUUCUUAAAGCAGAAGCUUUAGUCAGUUUUACAAAGCUAAUGAGUGAUCCUUUACUUCUAGUCACCUUUAUUACUUCUAGUCAAUGUAGAACAGUGAUGUUCAAAGGGUAGUCCAAAGCCUAGAAGCAGUUUUCCAUUUGGUCAAGCCAUCCUAGACUCUAAAUAAUAUCUCUUUCUAGAACCAGGAGAGCAAUGUGGGAAUGUGUGUGCUCUAUAUGCUGUGUAGCUUGACUCCUGGAAACUCUGUGGCCUGAACCCAGGGAACUUGAGGCAGUGUGCUGUCAAACUGCCAAUUUCUCAAAGCAUGGCUGAGAUCUUGGUUCUGGAUUCAGAUAAGGUAGGCUAGAAAAAUCAGUCAUAAGGAAAGAGGAGCAAUAGAAUAGAAUAGCGUGAUGAAAGAAACUAUUUUAAGUCUUUGUUUUUGCUUUUUCUCUCAGUCUUUACCAUUUUCCUGGCUCUAUUUUCCCUUCCUUUCUUUUCUUAAUAUUCUAUUGGUCAUUUAUUCAGAGGGAAUUGCUUAUGAUACCGUAUCGGGUGUGGAAAAUUUUAUUAUGCAGUAACUGGCUUGUAAGGAAAGUUUGAGAGGCAAUCAAGAAGCACUUAAUGUAGCAAGCUCUGCUAGAUGCCAGACAGUAUAGCUAGCUGGCCUCAGGGAUAUAAAGAAGGAUCACAUGAUUCCUUUCUUACAUAACUUUAUGGUUUUUAGAUGUUUCAUAUCGAAAAUUCUGUGAUCUGUCUUUCCAAAAGCUUCAAAGUGACUUUACCUGGAGGAAUUUACCAAGACCUACUGAUGGACAGUUGGCACAUCAGGAGUCUUAUUUCUUGGGGUGGGUUUAUGAAAUGCCAGUAUGUAAAAUCAUUUAUCACUUUAUUAGUUUAAAAUAAGAAAUCAGGGGAGUUCCCGUCAUGGCUCAGUGGUUAACGAAUCUGACUAGGAACCAUGAGGUUGCGGGUUCGAUCCCUGGCCUUACUCAGUGGGUUGAGGAUUUGGUGUUGCCGUGAGUUGUGGUGUAGGUCGCAGACAUGGCUCAGAUCCCAUGUUGCUGUAGCUCUGGCAUAGGACGGCGGCUAUAGCUCCAAUUAGACCCCUAGCCUGGGAACUCCCAUAAGCUGCGGGAGCGGCCCUAAAAAAGGC